UGGGUUUCUAUUAAUCCGCUAAACAUCACCGAUGAAUUCUGUAUCCCGUACCGGACGAUGUUUUGCUGAUCAAUACGGAAACAAAAAGGAACGUUCGUCCUCUAACUCGCUUCCAUUGGCACGAGAGUGCAUUUCGAUCUUCUCUAUGUUAUAUCCGCAAUUUUUGUUCGUCUACGUCUUGUUGCUUUUUCAUCGCAUAAAUAUUUUGAAUCGCGAGUUACACGUUCUCCGUUGUCGGCUCCUACAACAACCGGCAAGAAUCGAGUGAGAAGAAUCUAAGCUGUGCUCAUGUUUUUUGUGGACUCCUUGUUCUGUGAUUUUUGUUUUUAGUAUAUGUUGUUUUUAUCUUUAGAACCUCCGCUAAACACGAUAUUUAAGGUGUUUCGUUCGCGUGUAUCGCCCACGUUUCUGUUUUUAACCGUCCGCCACCGGAACGGGUCAGGCCUGGAGAUACAUAGAUCACCCAGUGUACAAUAAUAUAAAGUCAAUUUCGGAACCUAAAUUAGUGCUCCAGUUUUAAUACCGCGCUAAGGCAUUGUGAAUGGGUCAGGAAGACCCGGCACUGUCGGACUUCUUUUAGCGCACUACGGCAGCCGAUGGUUAAAAGUUCCUGACUCAUUUGUUUAUUAAUUGUUCCUUUCGUUCGGACGAAAGAAAAUUUAAAAAAAAAAUGAAAGAUUAUUCUUUGUUUCGCACUUGCAACGAGUAUCCAUAGAAAUUAAAGACAUGAUACUAAUCGUUCAUCUGAAAGAUCGUUUGAUUAAAGACAUAGGUGGUGAAAUAUAAUUCUGUUACCAUGCAAUAACGUCGUUAGUUGAAAAAAAAAUACUGAAAAAUAUCAGUUGGCACACACACAGACUGGAUUCUAUAACUUAUUCUGACAAAAAGCAUAUUUUCUAUAAAACAGGACUGUUAGAUCAUGGAUUCCAUAAUUAAUUCUUGUCCAAUUUAUAUAUCUAAUGUGAUGGACAAGUCUCAUCUAGUGGAUCAGAAAUUGUCAUAUCCCCUAAAUUCAACAACCAGUGUUAAAAAUCUGUACGAUUACAUCGAAAAGAACUAUCAAAUACAGGCUGAUAACUUUAAGCUUGUCCUGGAUGCAAGUGGGAAACUGAUCGACUUAUCUGAAAUGAAAAAUAAAAUUAUGUCCGAAAUUGAUGUAAGUUUCUCAGAAAAUGAAGACAAUAAAUAUAGACUCUUCGUUGUGAGGCCAACAGACACUUUGACGAUGGAUAUCUUUCAUCCAAGAUACGAUAUACCUUCUGUUAUAUAUACUACACGUCCUGCUCUGUCAGAACGUAUUGAGCAGGAACCUCUUCAUCAGGAAUCUCUUCAUCAUUCAUUAGUAUUGGAAGAAGAUAAUAAUGUUGAUUUUAUAAGUUCUAUUAAACCUGAAACAGGUUACGUCGGUUUGGUAAACCAAGCAAUGACAUGUUAUUUAAAUAGUUUACUCCAAGCAUUGUACAUGACCCCAGAAUUUCGAAAUGCACUGUACAAUUGGGAAUACACGGGUGGAUCAGAAAAAGAUGAAACUACCAGUAUUCCUUAUCAGUUGCAAAAAUUAUUCUUAAACUUACAGACAUCAUCAAGAUCGGCUGUGGAAACUACGGCGUUAACAAAAAGCUUUGGUUGGGAUUCCACAGAAGCCUGGCAGCAACAUGACAUUCAAGAACUUUGUAGGGUAAUGUUUGAUGCGUUAGAACAGAAAUUUAUAAACACGGAACAAGCCGAUUUAAUCAACAGGUUUUACGAAGGAACGAUGAUCGAUUAUGUUAAGUGUCUAGAAUGUGGAACUGAAAAGUCUAGGGAAGAUACUUUUCUUGAUAUACCGUUGCCAGUAAGACCAUUUGGUAGGAAUGUAGCAUACAAUAGCGUGGAAGAAGCCUUAAGAGCAUUUGUACAGCAUGAGACAUUAGAAGGAAGCAACCAGUAUCAUUGUGAAAAGUGUAAUAAAAAAUGUGAUGCACACAAAGGUUUAAAAUUCAUAAAAUUUCCAUAUCUUUUGACGUUGCAUCUUAAACGAUUUGAUUUCGAUUUCAACACUUUUCGCAGAGUUAAACUCAAUGACAAAGUCACUUUCCCAAAUAUAUUGAACUUAAAUCGAUUCAUAUCGUCUACGACAAAUGAAGAAUCUUCGAUUAAUGAGAAGAACACGAAUUUAGUGAAAUGUGAUGACAGCUCAACAACAGAUAGUGGAACUCUAGAUGAUGAUUACACUCCAUGUGAAAAUAGUCUUUCCAAUAGCAGUCAUUCAAAAAAUAAUGAUCCAGACGACGACGACGAAGGAGUAGACGUCCUAAGUAAUGGUCCAUCAACGUCAAAUUGUAUUGAACAUAAUUAUGAAAACGACAAAAAUCGUGAUAAUAACACUUCGGAAGGCCGUUAUAAUUAUGAAUUGUUUUCAAUUAUGAUACACAGCGGCAGUGCUUGCGGUGGUCAUUAUUAUGCUUACAUAAAAGACUUCAGAACACAAGAAUGGCUGUGCUUUAACGAUCAAAGUGUUACUCAGAUAACAAAUGAUGAUAUUCAAAAAACGUAUGGCGGUGGCCCAAUUCAGUAUAGGUCAUACCAUACUGCAUCGUGUAGUAGUACUAACGCAUACAUGCUUAUGUAUAGACAAAUUGAUCCUGCUCGUAACGUUUUGCCUAUGCAAGUGCAAGAUUUUCCAUGCCAUAUACAGAAAUUAUUGAAGAAAAUGAAGGAAAACGAGGGCUACGAUAGAAGAGAAAGGUGGUGUCUUCCUUAUGACAAGAAGGACAUCAAUACGAUGACUCGGAGGGUUUACAGGGAAAUGAUAGAGACGCAUCUAAAAAAGAAGUUAUCUUCAGAGGAUAGUCAAAUUCGUACUCAACCAAAUGACGACGUCUCAUUCCUAAAACGAAGAUCUUCGAUUCAAGUACUAGUUGGUUGUUCAUAUCCUUCCAAAAUGCAGUGGUUCAUGAUAGAUCUUUUCCGCGACAUUACUUGGGACGGAGCUACAAAACUCUGUUGGCAGAUGUUUAACUUGGAAUGGAAAGUAAAUCUCGAACAGUGUCGUUUGGUUCGUUACGAUCCCCUCAAGCAUCGGGUUUUGUGUCGCUACGAGGGGAUGGAGCGAAGAACUUUCGAAAGUGUUUGGCGAAGAGAAGCGUACACUUUGCUUUUAGAAAUACGAGACGAGAAUGAAGAGUCUUCGGAGAAUGAACAGGACGUGAUCACGUCAAAAGUAUAUGUCCUUGAUGUCGCUGAAAAGAAGGUCACGGAAGGUCCAUUGAAACUGCGAGCCUUGCGUUCUCAACCAAUUAAAGAAUAUAAAAAAAUGCUAGCAAUUUUAUUCGGUAUGAAGCCUAGUAAAAUGGCAGUGAUGCUGGGCGAACCGGGAAAGCAGUUAACAUUGAUGGAUGAUGAUGAAUGUAGUUUAUUGAGUAGCACCAGCCUUUCCGACGACACUGAUGUGUUUGUGACGACCAUGUAUAACGACGAAUGGAUGUCAUUGAUUGAGGCAGCAACUGCGGCAGACAUUAUAUCGAGUUACACGAAUCACAAAAAUAUCCUCACGUUCCGGUUGAAACUUCCUGAUCCGAGUAAAAGUAGUGAAAUAAAUGAACGUUAUUGGAAAGAAUGGAAUAAUUCGACGUUAGGCGAAAGAUGUAAAGAUACAGAGAAAUCCAGCGCUGAUAGUCCAUCCAAAGGAAGUAGUAGCGACUCGAAUCAUAUCGGUACUCCUAAGAGUAAUGAGAUUCUAAAAAUAGGAAAGAGUAACGAGGAUGUAUCGGUAAAGAACGCGAGUCCACAGUUAGGGGAAAACGAGAAAUGGAACACGCCGGAACAGAGUAAUAGCGAGGACAGCAGCCUCAGCGAUAGUGAUAAAACAUUGGUCGGAGAUGCUCUCGAAUUUGACGAUUUUAAUGAUCCGUACAUGCAGUUGAAAGAUUUAAUUCACCGUCCAUCCAAUACGAUUGCCGAGACUGAUGAUAAAGAAUAUUACUUUAAAACUACAUCCUACGAGGAGGAUGGCAAUCAAUUUCUCAAAGUAGAAGUAUCCAGAAUGAUGAAUUACGGUAUGCUUAAGAAAAAAUUGGCGCCAUAUAUCGGUGUACCAAUAGAUUGUUUUAGAAUUUCCUACAAGUUUGAAGAUAUCGAGGAUUAUGCGUACUACAAACUUCAAGAGAACAUCUUGGAGUAUAAAGAAGAUGAUUAUUUCACAGUGAAAGUUGGGCGUUUCUUUGAUUUUAGAAUAAAAAUAUAUCAGUUGCAUCCUGAAACGGAUAACUUCUUCAAGUUUCUGGGUGCUUGGAUCUUAUCUAGAGACAUAACUGUCGGCGAGGCGAAGAAAGCCAUCUUAGAAAAUAUUAAGGAUGCACAUGAUAUAGAGAUACCAUUGAAGAGAUGUCGACUAAGGGAGAAACACCUAACGCGAGCGACUAAAGUAUAUUUGGAUGAUCAGAAACUUGAUGAUAUGCAAUUGCAUUCGAAAUCCGAAUUUGUCAUACAAAAGUUACCUGAUGAGGAUCCUGUUACCAACAGCAAUCAAAUUAUAGUGCGUGUUGGGAACGUGGACCGCUUACACGAAGUUUGUCAGGAGAUUGUUAUGGAUGAGAAGUCUAUAGCAGAAAUGAGGAAAAAGCUGUCUGUGGUGGCGUUUAUACCUGAAGAAUAUAUAGAGAUAGCAAAAGCAGAUGAUGAAAUGUCACUAAUGUUCAUACCCCUUGAUUUGGAGAGGAAGUUAACAUGGCAUGGGCAAGAUUCAGAUGUUGAGUUCGAUAUUAAUAAUGGUUCUCUAUUUUUAUAUAGGGAUAGCAGGUACAAAAAGGAACUAUCCAAAAUAAAGAGUCAGUUCGACAAAGAAGAAGAGAGAUCGUUUACGCGAUCAAGACGCCGACAAGAGAGAUCGCUUAAGAUACACUUGACCAGCACCGAAUGAUCGUCCAUUGAACAUACAUCUUCUGAUAAACGACUGUUAAAUAUUAGGUUGUAACAUAAAUUCGUUCCGUUUUUUCCGCCCUAAGAACACUAAAGAAGGCAGGACGAAUACUUGUUAUAACCCAAUAAUAGACACGUGUGGGAACAUGAAGUCAAGUAUUCAAAAAUCACCAAAUAUUCUGUGCUUCGGUAAAUCUUCGGCAUUUCAAAGCUUUUGCGCUCUUAAAGAAGUCGGCCGUUCCUCAAAUUGAUAGAAAUCUUGAAAUUUCUCGGGUUUUUGAAACACCAGAGAUUUGAAAUUUCAAUUAGCACGACUGGUCAUGAAGUUUCUUAAAAAUCUGUAUAGACGUUAAAACUGUCGAUUAUCUACGGAUUAUCGAGUUAUUUUACCAUCUAUGAAAUCCUACUAAAGAGCACAAAUAUUAACGAAGAUCAUGAGAGCGUAGGAUAGUAGCAAAUAAGGAAAAACUUGGAAAAGAAAUCAAGUUGCUUGGUGAUAAUCCGAAUUUAAACUAUGGAUUUCUUACAAUUUACAGUAGUGGUUCCAUAAUAGCAAGGUUUUCUUUUCUGGCUCUAUAUAUAUUGUAACCCGUUUCUGUUGAGUUCAUUACAGUUAUGGAGCGAUUACUGUACAUGCGUAUGUAGCUGAUAAACAUUUGGAGUUUUCUGCAUCAACAUUUUCAUAAAAUCCCGGACGCAAAUCUCCCCUUAAUCAUAGAUAAUAAUUUCAAAACUUUCGUACACGUGCAUGAAACUAUGUCAAACGAAUUCUCCCAAAGCUGAAAGAUUUUUAAUAUCCGAACACAGCACAGAGUAUAUCUAUUUGUUGAAAGACAUUUAUCUGACACAAUACAUAAUCGUUUUAAUGCCAGUGUAGGUUAAAUAGCAUUCAUACGACAUAUUUCUCAGUUAUAAGUCUUUUUGCCCGCUCUACAAUUUAAUCUGGUAGUAGUAACGGUUAGAUAAGUUGUAAACUAAUUCAUUGAUUCUUAUGUACUAUGCGACGUGUCACGCGUUUUCUUUUUUUGUUUGUAAAAAUGUAACAGUAUCAACCCGAUAUGAUUAAUAAUUUUUUUAAGGAUUUUUAACUUGUUACUACUAUUGAAUUAAAUAGAAAUUCUUCCAUGUGAUUAUUAAAAUCCAUUCUGGCUAGGCAUGUAUCCUGCAGUACGUUUUAAUUUAUUUAAUUAUGUAUGUUUAUUCAUUCAUCACGUGUUAUCGGGUACAAAGAAAUCUGUACCACUUGGAAAACCAAAAAAUACGUUUAGCCACGGCAUUGUUGUUGUUUCCUACAAAUUAAAUUUUCAAUACAAUGAGAAAGAUUCUUCAAGAAAGUCCACCAAAUUUACAUUUGUAUGAUAGAUCAGUUGCUUGUAAAUAAUAAAACUUGUGAAUCGAACGUCAAUAUCUUUCUUCGUAUCAACAUCACCAUACAUCGUGAGCAGAGAAUAUGAUGCUAGGUUCUGUAUCUUCUAUUGUGAUACAAUGCACUGCAUGCAUGUAGGGCACCACUAUCCUUUCGCGCAUUUAUCAACAUUUUCGUUCGAUAUUUUUGUUUUCUUUGCUAAUUCCAUCGUUAGAAACUUUGGUGCAGAAAGGUGUUGCCGAUCCUUGUCAUUAAUAAUUGGUUGUCCGUUAGUUCUGUGCAAUUAAUUUGCGUUUGAAUUGAGAUCGAAUGAUAAUAAUGGAUGGGGACACAAAAGUGUCCAUUUAAAUCAAAAGUGAAAUUUUUGAAAUGUUUAUUAUCCACAAUAUAAUAUCAGUUUGUACGGUGAUUUACAAUGUUCUUUGAUUUUUUAAUAUAGCUGUAAUUUAUAUUGUAUAUUUUUCUUUCACUCAGAAGAAUUAAUAAUUUUUCUUAUCGACGAUUUAAUUGCACAUUAUAAAACUCAAUUGAUGACUGACGAAAGUCGUAAUUUCACCUGUUUUAUAUUAUGUAAAAAUUUUCUACGAAAUUACAAAACACGGUAAUCUAUAUAUGAUUACAGUUUAUAAUACGUGUACACCUGAAUUGUUUGCUUGUGAUUAUGAACAUUGUUAAUGUAAAUUUGAAAAUGUAGCAGAAAAGUGGAGAAUAUAGUGUUUAAUGCUUUUCUUCA